AUGGCUAAUGCCGGCAAAACGGCAGACGAGAUUGAGCGCCGUGCCGCGCGCUCAGCAUCUCAGCUUGCUGUCUUGCUCCCCCACCUACUCUGCGCCCAGUUCGUGGUGAAGUACGGCGCCCUCACGUACUGCGAGGCAAUGCAGGAAUUUUACCGCAUGCUUCGCGGCGAGCCUCUGGACGCGCGCCUCGCCCACAUCGAGGCUCGUCAGGCCAAGGACAUUGCCACAG